AUGUUGCGCAAGAUAGCACUUCUAUCCUCUCCAUCGAGUUUGCUGGAGCAACCUAACUUUGUCUUUAUUAUGACAGACGACCAAGAUCUCCAUCUGAAUUCCCUCGAUUACAUGCCGAAAUUAAAGCAUCUGAUUGCUGAUGAGGGGACAGUAUUCGAGAAACACUUCUGUACUAUUGCAGUUUGCUGCCCGUCACGCGUGAGUUUGAUGACGGGCAAGUUGGCUCACAACACAAACGUGACCGACGUGAAUCCUCCCUACGGUGGAUACCCCAAAUUUAUACAAGAGGGUCAUAAUGAAGACUACCUCCCAGUGUGGUUGCAGGAGUCUGGCUACAAUACCUAUUAUACUGGGAAAUUCCUCAACGCACAUACAACUUCCAACUACGACAACCCAUUUCCCAAAGGCUGGAAUGGAACUGACUAUUGUUACUGGAACUCCACUUUCCAGCGGAAUCAUGAUGUGCCCGUCGCAUCUAAUGGCUACUCAACUGAUCUGAUCACUCAAAAUUCUCUUCGCUUUAUUAAGGAAGCUCACGCGUCUGAUCGCCCGUUCUUCAUUGGAAUAGCACCCAUUGCCCCGCAUGCAAAGUCCGUGCAGGCGAAGGCAGACGCUAUUCCAUACUUUCUCAGCCCUGUCCCGGCUGAGCGGCAUAAGGAGAUGUUCCCUAAUGCAAAGGUUCCGCGAGGCGCUAACUUUAAUCCCGGAACACCAAGCGGAGCGAGCUGGGUCCACGAUCUAUCUCGGCUGAAUGCGACUGAUCUGGACUAUAUGGACUCGUUUUAUCGAGCACGGCUUCAGUCGCUCCAAGCAGUCGAUGAGCUCGUGGAAAAUGUUAUUCUUCAACUAGAGGAGUCCCGCCUCUUAGAAAAUACAUAUAUCUUUUACACGUCCGAUAAUGGAUAUCACAUCGGACAGCAUCGGUUGGUCCCUGGCAAGGGCUGUCCUUACGAGGAGGACAUUAAUAUUCCCAUGAUGAUUCGCGGACCAGGAGUACCAAAGGAAAGCUUUGAUGGGUUACCAAUACCUCUACUUGAGGCCCGUAUCGAGCACACGCGCGAGGUCCGAAAACGAGAGCAUGUAUCGGUCGAAUACUGGGGGCAAAACCUACAGGAAGGGGAAAUUGGGACCGAUUGGACCACAGAAACCCCAGUGAUCUACGGAAAUAAUACCUACAAAGCCAUGCGCGUUAUUGGUGACUCGUACAACCUAUUCUACUCAGUCUGGUGCACAAACGAGCAUGAGCUCUAUGAUCACAAGAAUGACCCGUACCAGAUGGACAACUUGUUCAGCAGAUCAAACGUUACCAUAUUAGGCCGAGAGCUUGACAAGGUUGUCUCUCGUCUGGAUACUCUCUUGCUCGUUCUUAAGAGCUGCAAGGGCGCAGAAUGCACUCUUCCCUGGGAAACAAUCCACCCGGAUAAGACAGUUACUACUCUAUCGGAGGCACUCGAUUCGAAAUACGACGAAUUUUAUGCUGCCCAGCCUGAUAUCAGUUUCUCAUCCUGUGAACUAGGGUACUUACCCCAAAUUUGAAGGCCCACAGGUGGGGUAUGCUUAUCGACGCGCUGGAGACUGGAAUAACUGGUCGUGAGAAGCUCGAU